UUAGUACUUGAAAUUAUUAUUAGAUAUUUAUACAUAAAAUUAAAAAAAUAAAAAAAUAAAAAAAUAAAAAAAGGAAAAGGAGCAUCAAUCAUGAAUGGGAAGGCUUCUGUCUCAAAGGAACUCAGUGCCAAGCAUACCAAGAUUUUGGAGGGCCUUCUUAAGUUAGCAGAGAAUAAAGAAUGUGCUGAUUGUAAGAGCAAGGCACCACGAUGGGCGAGUAUAAACCUUGGAAUAUUUAUAUGCUUGCAAUGUUCAGGAAUUCAUCGACGUCUUGGAGUGCAUAUUUCACAGAUGGCUAUGGGCAAUGAGAAGUCUAAUCAAUAUUGGGAAGCAAGAUUGCCACCAGAGUAUAAUAGAAGUGAAAUUGAGAAAUUUAUCCCUGCCAAGUAUGAAGAGAAAAGAUGGGUUUCAAGAAGAGACAAAAGUCACAUUCCAAAACAAACAAGAAGCCAUUCUCUUGAUGAAGGAUUUUUUAGUAAAUACAAUGAACUAUAUCCUCCUCCAAAAACAAAUUCUAGAGGGGUUUCUUUGGAUAGGAGAAGUAAUGAAAAUGGUAUAGUUAAACCAAAGGAACAAUUGGAGACAUACAUAAAGAAGGCAGAGAGCGAUGGAGAUCUCUUCGGUUUGCUUCAUGCCCAUCAACAACUGGACACCUUCAAUGUUAUUCCUGCACCAUGGGCAAUUUUUGAUUGAACAGAGGUGAGCAAGCUUAUGGAAUUAAUAUUCAAAGUAUAUAGCAAAGUUAGAAGAAAUCACAAGUUUGUGAACCUUUGUAAAUAGGCAUGCAAUAACCAUUCUCUAGAUAUAUGAUAGUCCAAUACCAUGUAAUUGAUGAAUUGGCAAUACACUUGUCAAGAAAAUAUUCUUGUAAUAUACUCAUUCCGUCCCAAAAUGUAAGUCCAGGUCUAAAAUUUGUAACCCAGUAGAGAGAUAAACUUCGUUUAAGUUCUCAUUGACUUCUGACAAUAAUAGC